UCCAUUGGGAAGCGACUUGCGGCAUUCGGCAAUCGGCUUUCGAUUCGGCAAGUGGGACGGGGUGUGGGUACACGGCGGGUGCUGUGGGGCAGCGGGUUGCAUCGGGAGAUGCCCCGCGUCCUACAAAAACGGCCCGAGAGAUGGAUUGAGCAGAUCAAGCAGACCAAGCAUAUCAAGCAGACCAAGCAGACCAAGCAGGCCAAGCAAACGGUUCUCAUCGUCGUCAUCGUACGCCACCCGGUCAACCACGAUGGCUAGCUCGUGGGUGCCGGACGUCGACCCGGCCAGCGACUUCUCGCUGGCCAACAUCCCGUUCGGCAUCAUCUCGACUCCCGACAACCCCGCCCCGCGCGUGGCCGUGGCCAUCGGCUCGCACGCGCUCGAUCUCGCCGCGCUCGCCGCCCACUCGGACAUCCUCACCACCCUCUUCCCGGACAUCCCCGCCCUCGCGGACGCCGUCUCCCAGCCGACGCUCAACGCAUUCGCCGCGCUGGGCCGGCCCGUCCACCGGCGCGUGCGCGCCGGCCUGCAGGACCUGCUCUCGACCACGGGCUCGCGCGCGCCGCUCCUGCGCGACGACCCCGGCCUCCGCGCGCGCGCCCUGCGCCCCCUGCGCGAGGUCGCCAUGCACCUGCCCAUGGCCGUCGGCGACUACACGGACUUCUACGCCGGCUACCACCACGCGCACGCCGUCGGCACCAUGUUCCGCGGCCCAAACGCCGCGCUGCAGCCCAACUACCUGCACCUGCCCGUCGGCUACCACGGCCGCGCCUCCAGCCUCGUGGUCUCGGGCGCGCCCGUGCGCCGGCCCGUCGGGCAGAUAUUGCUGCCGGGCCCGGAGGGGGCAGGGGAGGCGAGCCGGCCGGCGACGGGCCCGUCGCGCAAGCUGGAUUUCGAGCUGGAGCUGGGCUGCUUUGUCGGCAGGGGCAACGAGAUGGGCAGGGCGGUGCCGGUGGGCGAGGCGGAGGAGUGCAUUUUCGGGUACGUUCUGCUGAACGACUGGAGUGCGAGAGAUAUUCAGAAGUGGGAGUACGUGCCGCUGGGGCCGUUUAAUGGCAAGAACUUUGCGACCACCGUCAGCCCGUGGGUGGUGCUCGCCGACGCGCUCGAGCCGUUCCGGACGAGGCCCAUCGAGAACCCGACGGAGCUGCAGGACUAUCUGAAAGAGGGGAGGGAGGACAGUGUCUUUGACAUCCGGCUAGAGGUGGAUUUGACGACCGCCGAGGGCGACACCACGACCAUCGCGCGCACCAGCUCCAAGCACCUGAUCUGGUCGUUCCCGCAGAUGAUUGCGCACCACACAGUGGGCGGCUGCCCGCUGCGCACGGGCGACCUGCUCGGCUCCGGCACCAUCAGCGGACCCGGCGGCGCCGGCGAGCGGGGCAGCCUGCUGGAGAUGACGGAGAACGGGAAGAAGGAGGUGUUGUUGGCCGGGAUGGACGCGCGCACGUUCCUCAAGGACGGCGACAGCAUCACGCUGCGGGGGUUCUGCGGGCCCGACGGCGCGAGGGUCGGCUUCGGCGAGUGCAGGGGCCGUAUCUACAGCGCCGUGCAGCGGUGAUGAGGGCGGGUGCAUGAGAAGCACAGGAG